AUGACGUGCUACGAAACGUUGAGAGCUCCGGCACCCGCCGCGGACGCCCCCAUGGCGCACCACUUUGUCAAGUGGUGGCGCAACAAGUUUAGAAAUGGAUACAAGAAAUUUAGCAUUGGAACGGAGGGUGAGCGGACAGACACGGAAGAGCUUAUGGGGCGUGCAGUAUCUCAGUGCUCGGCCCCACCGGACUUGUUGCCCAGCGAAGCUCGUGCACUGCUUCGGCCAAAUACACCUCCAGCGGCAUCGCACCACGUCUCGCACGAACCAGCAUACAAGCCUCCGCAAUCACCCUCACCAGUAGUAGAACACAAUGAAGACAAGCCCAGAUUACGCUUUGAGGAACUGACCUGUGACGUAGAACUGCAACAUCCGGAACCGUCUAAACAACAACCGCUGCAAUUCUCAUUUACUCUUUACGACCUAGACGGACAUGGUCGUAUGACGAAGGAUGAUAUCGCCGGAAUCGUUUCAACAAUAUAUGAAUCAAUUGGAAAAUCAGUGACAGUGCCUCAUUAUGGAUCUAAAACCAUACAAGUCCGCUUAACAGUAGUGCCUGAAGAUGGCAAAUCUAGGAGUCAUAGAGAAAGGCGAGAAGGUCGACGGCGACGACGCAAAGAAUGCUCAUCAAAUGUCACCGCUGCGCCACCAGAGUGUAUAGAUCACAGUGAUGAUGAACAUCGUGAUAGAUUAUCUAACGACGAUGACGUGUCUUCCAAGUCAUCGUGCUCAGGUGACAGACGACCACCCAAAAGGCAAACGACUUACGCACAAAACAGACCCCACCGCCAGUCUCGCAGGGAUCAUCGCGAACGCAAACAUACAAAAAAGCGUUCUGGAAGCUUGCAAAGACGUGAACUAUUGGAAAUUAUUCAAGCCAACAUGGAAAAGAACCACCUGAGCUUUCAAGCCGCGAGAAAGCCCUGUGAACCAAUUGUUAAUGACGAAGAAAUUCCUAAUAAAUAUCAAAAGCAUCGAAAUAGAUCUCACACGAUAAGUGAGAAGCCUGUAAAUACAUUCCAAAAAAUGAAAUCUGAGAUUUCUGGCAACGGAUACCUAGAUCUUGCAGGCGGUGGCGACUCGCAUUUGUGUAGGUACGACCGUUAUCUUCACGCGGUCAUUUGUUCCUCGGCACGUCACGCACACACAGGAUAUCAUCAAAAACAGAAUCAAAUGCUGCGACCGCACCGAACACCUCACGCUCAUCACGCGCGGUCUAGAUCUCACGAUCUACCCACCCAAGCGCAAACGACGCAACAACCAAGAGUAUUACAAAUUAUAUUCUUAUAG